CAUUGUAUAAUUAACUGGCUAAGAUUUAUUGUCAUGAAUGUAAAUAAUGUAUUUGUUUAUGGUACGUUAAAGAAAGGCCAACCAAACAACUAUUAUAUGGCUAAAUGUCAAAGUGCGAAAUAUUUAGGAAGUGCGGAAACCAGAGAUAGAUUCCCAUUGGUUAUCGGCGAUUGGAACCUUCCAAUGAUGGUUGAUGCCAUUUCAGCGGGCAAUAAUGUAAAAGGAGAAGUAUAUACGGUAAAUUACGAAGAUUUAGCAGCAUUGGAUGAAUUUGAAGAUUGUCCUGAGCUUUAUUUCAGAAAGGAAAUUGACAUUCUCUUGGAAGAUAAUAAAACCAAAAAUGUGCUGAAAUGCUGGACUUAUUUUUUCACAAAAGUGACAGAAAAGCUUUUAGGGCAACCUUGCUUGGACAAUUAUGACAGUUUUGGUGACCAUGGUUUUCCAUAUGAUACCAGUGAAAAUCCUGACCACCCAGCAAACCAAACAGACAUGCAGACAAGUUGACAAGUGUGAUUCAAAUUUAUUGAAGCUGAAUUUUAAUUGUUUUACAAUAAAUUUUGUUUAAUGUUCU